AUGGAGCUAGGAGCAGGUCUGAACAACAAGCGACUGUCUGAGGAUUUUAUUCGUAAACAGAACAGAAACAUCGACCGGCAGGACAACAUCGGCUGCAGCCGACAGCAUACUACCACAGCAGCUAGCACAUUCCUCAUGAAAUGCAGCACUCGGUAGGAUGAACAGUAAUCAAGAAGAAGAUGAGUUCGUCGCAGUGCGGGUUCAAGAUCCCCGCAUUCAGAAUGAAGGCUCGUGGAAUUCGUAUGUGGAUUACAAAAUAUUCCUACAUACCAACAGCAAAGCCUUCACAGCCAAGACGUCCUGUGUGCGUCGGCGCUACAGUGAGUUUGUCUGGCUCAGGAAGAAGCUGCAGAAGAACGCCGGUCUGGUUCCAGUCCCAGACCUUCCAGGAAAAUCCCUCUUCUCCUUCAGCAAUGAGGACUUUCUGGAGAGGAGAAGGAAAGGACUCCAGGCCUUCUUGGACAAAGUGGUGCACACCACAGUGUGUCUGUCAGACAGCCAGCUCCACCUCUUCCUGCAGACCCAGCUGCCGGUCGGUCACAUCCAGGACUGCGUUCAGGGCCACACCCCCUACUCUGUGACCGACGCCAUCCUCACCUACGCCUCAUCCAACUGGGGCCUGGCUCAGGCUCAGGCUCAGGAGGACGAUACCAUCAAGGAGCCAAGUUUGACCAUUUCUUAUGAGUCCAUGGAGAGCCCCGCUCCUCAUCAGCCGUGCCUACAAACGAAAGACACUUUCAGCCCUGAGCUUCUCUCAUGUGGAGACUCUGAACCUCUCGCAGGUUUACUGGAGCUUGGCCGUAAGGACACGGCUGAGUUACAGCACAAGGAGAAAUCCUCCAUCAGCAUCUCCCAGAAGAAUAACCACCUGGAGGCUGUUCUUGAGUGCGACUGUGGCCCGACAGAGGCAACCUUUUUUCUGGGCGACAACCAGGACGACACGGAGAGCCUCAGCCUCGCAGAACACACCCAGAUAGAGACACCGGUGGAGGUGCACUCGCCCCUGGGGAUCGGCUUUGAGGACAAUUCUGUGGUGAAUGGCGUGUUUGAGGAGGAGUGUUCAGGAAGAGAGGAAAAGGAAAGCGAUUUGACGUUAGAUACAGAGGAAAACACUGUUCACCAUUCAGAAAUGGAGGUGAAGGUUGAGCAGGCGGACAGUCCGGGAGAGGCAGAAAAAGAUAUGAAUUCUGGAACAGCUUUAGAUUUUAAGAACGAUGACUCAGAGGGACAGGUUACAGAAAGCAACACCAGAUCUCAGGAGGAAGUUCUGGAAGUCGUCUGCUCCGAGAAGGUGGUUUUAGAAAACCACGUCGUCUCUGAGGUUAAUGGUCUCGACCACGUGGAAAGAACUGACGAUCCCAUUUCAGAUGUCAGCUGUCCGGAGGAGUCAAAGAAGUCAGACGGGCAAAAAGAGACAGACGACAAAAUAAGUUAUGAAUGUGGAAUCAAAGAGGACACGCCACUUCAGUCUGAAGUCCACGCGGAAAGUGACGACGUGAACAGUGUCCCGGAGCUGGAAAGUGGGAUGGAUUUGGUUGGGACCAAAGAUGAGAGCGACGAGGACAGCCACUCACUGCCAUCGUCCAAUGAGAGCAUCGUCAAGGUCAGCGACGAAGAAAGCGACGAGACUGAGGACUCGAUCCAGGCCGCGAACGGCUACAUGAAAACAUCUCCCGAGGAGGUCUCUCACUGGUCAGAGGUAGAGACGUCCAGCAGGAACAUUUUAGACCUACAGAUUAAUGGUUGCUCUGUAGGAAGAGAGGACAUUUCUGCCCCUGAGGAUGAGGACCUGCAAUAUAUGACGUCUCUAGAUCUUAACUCAACUGUAGCUGGUGGAGAUUUGACUGAAAGCAGCGACUUCAGCAUCUUGGAGACGAGCUGCGUGCCCGGGGUAGCCGAGAGUAAAUAUGUGGAACAGGAAACCCUGUCCACGCUGUCUUUGGAAGCUUCAGAGGACACUCAUGAGGUGCAGGCGCGUUAGUUAAACAGCUGCGACGACACCUGCAGGUCCACACGGCCUGUGUAAGAGCUGCUGCGUCCUCACAGAGCUCCCAGAGCUAUGGAUGAUGGGAGCUGUCCUCUGCACAUUAUACACAGUCUCCACAGUGAGGAUCCAUGGACAGAGGCACACUGUAUUCAAGACGCCAAGUCAGUCAUGUUGUAGGUGUGAUUUGUUUUUAAAGUAGCGUAUAUCUAAUUUUAAAAUGUCUUCAUUUACACUCAGGUACACUAACUGUUGGCACUGUUUUGUCCUCUGCCAUGAACCAUGAAGCUGAAGCUGAGAAUUCAUGCAUCUUACUAAACAUCUGCUUUCCUGAGCAAAGCUCAACAAUGAAUAUUUCCAGCACUGAAAUUUAGUCAUGUUAUUUUGCACAGUGCUCCAAUAACACAACACCUGAUUAACGUUAAAUUAACGUGAGGCUUCAGUGGUCUGAGUUACACACAUCACGUGGGCAUCUUGCAGAGUUCCAGUCUGUGAAGGUGCAGUCAGGAAAAGAGGGAAUUCUUUUAUCCGCCUGAUUUAUCUACAGAGGACCAGAGGUUUUCUCCUCCGUCACCGACGUUCAAAUCAGUGAUUACAGAAACCAAAAGCUGUUUCAGCGCACAUGUGGAAAAGUGAAUCACACACAGCUAAUCCUGCUCUCACUGUGAAGUCGACGCUUCUCCUGCUGAAUCCUGAAUAUGUUAAAGUUAUACUGUUAUAAUCAGCACAUCAGCAUCACGUCAGUUAAUGAUGUAAUGUAUAAUUUAUGGCUGACUGGGGUCAUGAACACUGGACGGUUCCCCUACAGAUGAAAAAUAUCAGAGAUAAGAAUGAAACCAGUUUAGUGACAUGUUUGGAUCGAGGUCUUACAGGCAGCACUGUUAAAGGACAGUGACCGAGGGAUCAUUUAAUUAUGCCGUUGUGAACAGGAGGAAUGAUCACAGCAAGCAGAACCUGUUUUAGUGGCACCUGACCGGGGACAGACCUGGAAAACUGUGGACAAAAGAGGGAAGAGGAAAAAAAAAAUUAAUCCAAACAAAGCACAAAUAAAUAUUUGGUUGUGUUUUCAGGAUUUGAUUUCAUAAACAACAGAAUAAUAAUUUUCAGUGGCUACAAUAUUCACCAGGGAACCAUUGACACUUUUUCAUUUUCAGUUCUUUUGCUUGUGUUUUUGUUUUUUGAUUCAUUAAAACUCCCUAAAGGACAAAUGGAUGAAUCCCAUCGUUACAGCGACACCGUGGUUCACACACACUAAGCUUCCUCUGUGAACUCAGAUGUUAUUUAUUUCAUGCCAGGAGACAUGUACGUUCAUGUUUACUACACAGUGCUGCCUCUUUUCUAACUAACUACAGUUGGACUGAGGAGAGAAUAAUUCGUUUGAAAUGAAAUACUGAGAAGCGUUUACUUGUAGUUUUUUGGAUCAGGGAGCUUUGAUUCCACCUCGUAGGAAACUGACUGCAGUCUGACCUCGACAUGGUUCCCACACACACUACUGCUGCUGCUGCUCGUGGAUGAAAGGGACCCACAGUAUAUCUCAUACAGUCAUUUCAUAUAGAAACGAAGCUUCACACAUUUUUGUUUUCACAGCAAAGCUGGCAUCGACCAGUGUUUCCAUCAUAACUGUCACUGGAUCGACUGUCACACAGUUUGACUCUGUCUAAACUGAAAAUAAGUACUUGAGUUUUUUGGGAUUUUUUUUGCAGCUGCUUUUAAAAAGUUUGUUUUUUUUAAAAAUGAUGUUCAGAGACACAGCCCCAGCUUCUGAGGACAGCUCUGUUUUAUAACACAGAUCUACAACCUGAUAACAACCUGAGUGAUGUGUCCAUGUAAACAUACAAACUAUAAUCUGAUUUUAUUUCAAAUAAAUAGUUUUUCUUCUUUACUGUGA